GCGAUUUUGAAUUGUGCUGGUAAUAAUUGUUUUAUUAUAUCUGAAAGUAUUUAAGUAUUAUUGAACAAUAUUACACUUUAGUUAGUGCGCAGAUUUUAAAAAGUGUUAGAAAUGAGAGUUCUUAAUGAAACUGGACCUGUAAACAUUAUCGAUCCCUCUGAAUUACUCAGGCCUGAGCCAAAAUUCGCCAAAAAACCUGUUGGUCAGUUCAGAGAUUACACGAUCGACGAAAAUGAUCCAAUUAAAGAACGUGUUAGGAAAACAUAUGAGCUGAUGCACACUAAUCAAACAGUUGAUUUUGUUAAAGACAAACUUGAGAAAUGGACCAAAUUCGAUCACCUGAAAUACUCAAUGAAAGAAGCUCUUAUAAAAUUAAACGAUUUGGUGGACGAAAGUGAUCCCGAUGUUGAUAUUCCUAAUAUAGUUCACGCUUUCCAAACAGCAGAAAGAAUCAGAAAAGAUUAUCCAGAUGAUGAUUGGUUUCAACUUACAGGAUUAAUCCACGAUGCGGGAAAAGUUUUGGCCUUUUUUGACGAACCCCAAUGGUGUGUUGUUGGAGAUACUUUCGUAGUCGGAGCUGAAUGGGGCGACAAUAUUGUUUAUAGAGAGACAUCUUUUAACAACAAUGUGGAUGGUCAAAAUCCGAAAUACAAUACUAAAUAUGGUAUGUACAAACCCAACUGCGGACUUGAAAAUUUGAUGAUGUCUUGGGGCCACGACGAAUACUUAUACAGAGUGUUGGUUCAUAACAAGACCAAACUUCCUCCACAAGCUUUAGCUAUGAUCAGAUACCACAGUUUUUACCCCUGGCAUACCUCUGGUGACUACAAACAUCUAACAACUGAAGAGGAUGAACAAACUAAACAGUGGGUGCUCGCAUUUAACCAAUACGAUCUCUACACGAAGAGUACCGACGUACCUGAUAUAGAGAAACUUUGGCCUUACUAUGAAAAGCUUAUUGAUAAAUACAUUCCUGGUAUAUUGGAGUGGUAAUUAAAUCGAAAAAUAUACUUUUGGAACACUUUUUCUAGUAGAAAUUUGCACAUGGAGAUAUGAUUAGAUGUCUUUAUUUCUUAAAUCUUUUUUACUUCAAUAAACGUUAUAGUUUUCCUAAAUCUAAUUUUUUUUUUAAUGAAUUACAUGGUAUUUAAUAAAGAGGUUGAUUUAGUGUAUUUUUUGUAUUUUUUACCGACAUAAAAACUUAAAAUUAAGAAUUGAAGAGAAAAAUAAGUCAGAAAGAUGUAUUUAAAAAUGUUGUUUUUAUAUUUAAUUAAAUUGUACAAAUGAA